CUUUGCGUUUCUCAGAGCUUCCAUCCACAACUGGUCUGUGGGCAAGCAAGGCAAAUGCGUGCAGCCUCAUGCUGCCGAAUAAAUCGCGGCCCUCUCUCGCUCACGCCAGUUGGCAACCUGCUUGUACUGGGCAUACCCAUCUAGCCUUACCACUCGCGCACUCUCCUCUAUCAGCCAAUCUCGUCCCUCACUCCCACGGAAACAAGAUUGCUAUCAGACUUUGGCGCGCAAAUAAUAAGCUUGCGUGGCAACAACAACGAAAACAUAUUCGCAAUCGCUUUCUCCCGACACACCCGCCAACAUGUCGAACGACGUUCUGACUCCUGAGGUCCUCUGGGCCCAGCGCUCCUCCAAGGCCGACCCGACCAAGAACUUUGUCUACCUGACUAUCUCAGUCCCUGACGUCCCCCCCGCAAACCUGAAGCUCGAGCUCAAGCCGCAGGGCCUGUCUUUCACGGGCCGCUCCGAUACGCUGAAGAAGACGUACCACCUCGAGCUCGAGUUCUACGCCGAGAUCGACGUCGACGAGAGCAAGACACACCACACCCCCAAGAACGUCGAGCUCAAGCUGCGCAAGAAGGAGCUCAAUGACGAGUACUGGCCGCGCCUGCUCAAAGACUCCAUGAAAGUUCAUUUCCUCAAGACCGACUUCGACAAGUGGGUUGAUGAGGACGAGCAGAACGAGGCUGCUGAGGAGGACUUCUCCAACUUUGGCGGCGGCGGCGGCGGUAUGGGAGGCAUGCCAGGCAUGGGUGGCAACGACUUCGGAGGUAUCGACUUCUCCAAGCUCGGUGGCGGCGGUAUGGAUAUGCCCGAAGGCGACGAAGAAGAGGAGGAGGAGAGCGACGAGGAUAUGCCCCCGCUUGAGAAGGUGGACGAGAAUGAGUCCAAGGACGCGGCGAGCGACAAGCCGGCUGCCGCUUGAGGAGAUGGGGUGUCAUGUCCCGGAUAAGCUCCCUCAUCUUCGUCAUUUGCCCCAUCGGCGGGCGAGUGUCGCACUCACGGACGUCAUGAUCACGGGUUGGACCGAAAAAAGAAACUCUGUCGGCUCGCGACUUCGAGGCUGACUGCGCCGUAAGGCGAGCCGAGCCUUCCUUUUUUCAUUCUUCUUGUCUUCUUUUAGUCCCUUGGUCUAUACCCUAGUGCAACAGGACUCCGUGGCGGAGAUCAUGAUACGAAGUAGGACGAGGCCAAGAUAACGAACAUAAUCAACCAUGCUAAAUUGGUCAGAGAGGGUGGGUGGGCCAAGGCUCACGCAGUGACGACAUCGCAUGGAAG